CACGGAAGACAGAUAUAAGACAGAAACAGGAAUAUAUAUAUAUAUAUAGACUCUCUCCCAGUCUGUUCUCUUCCCCAAACCGGCUGCUCCUGGAAACACCGCCAGAAUUCAACAGGGAGGAUGCCGGCGUCGGCCGCGCCGUCGCCGUCGUACGGUGGGAGCCAGCCGGAGGAGCUGAUAGCGCGGCUAAGCUCCGGAGAUCGGAAUUCUCGCCUGAAGGCUCUUCGGGAGCUGAAGAACCAGAUCAUCGGCAACAGGACCAAGAAGCUCUCCUACAUCAAGCUUGGCGCCGUUCCCCGCGUGGCGGAGAUCCUCGCCAGCGACUCCCUUGACGCCCCGCUUCUCGUGCAGUCAGCUGCCACCAUCGGCAGCUUCACCUGCGGCGUCGACUCCGGUGUUACCGCAGUCCUUGACAGCGGUGCCGUCCCUCUCCUCAUCCGCACUCUGUCCAACCCCGACCAGAAGGUUGUUGAUGCUGCUGCUCGCUCUUUACGGAUGAUUUUUCAGUCAAAAUUGGCCCCGAAAUAUGACUUGUUUCAAGAUGAAAAUAUGGGUUUUCUGCUCUCUCUUUUGAAUAGUGAGAAUGAAAAUGUGACAGAACUUGCAGGUAGUAUCAUUACAAGAUCUUGCGAGACAAGUUUCGAACAACAAGCAUUAUGUAAUGCAGGUGUUUUACAGAGGAUUGUCAGUUUACUAAGUGGUUCUACAAGCCAGAGGGAUGCUAGUUUGGAUUCUUUAGCUGCUAUCAUAAAGAACAACUAUGAGACUGUUUCUAGAUUCAUUUCCCUUGAAGAUGGGAGAGCUUUGAAUGCUGUUGUUGACUUUAUUAAGGACAGAGCACCUCGUACAAGGCUUCUUGCCUGUGUGUGUUUGAUAGCUAUUGGACAUGCAUGUCCUUGUUAUAUGCAUGACCUACAACUGAAAAUUAAGAUGGUACUGAUACUAACUCAGCUUAUUGAGGAGCCUGGACGGCCUGGUGACGAAUCUCCCUUUGCAUUAAAAGAACUUAUGAGCAGUAGUAUGGAGCUGCAGAAUGCAUCAGUUUCUGUCACUGCUGUUGAGAAAAUUUGCGACUUUCUGCCAAGAGCAUCGUUGCAGAACAGACGUUUUGAGGGAGUUUUGCUAGUACUGGCAGAGAUAUGUUCAAAAGUAGAGGAAAGGAGGAGCCAGUUACUGGACUCAAAGGUAUUUCAUUUGGUGAUUGAAGCAUUAAAACACGACUGUUCUGGGGUCCGUACUGCCGCUUCUAAUUGUAUUAGAAGUGUUUCGCGCUCUGUUAAGCAUUUGAGUGCAGGCUGUUUUACCAAUGAAACAACCAUUACAAACCUGAUCCAACUAUUGAAUGACACAAGUACAGCAGUACAGGUGGCUGCUCUUGGCGCCAUUAGUAACAUUGCGGUUGAUUUUAAGAGCCAGAGGUCAAUUUUCUUCAAGUGUGGAGGUGUUAAACAACUUGUACAUCUUUCCAAGUCCAUGGAUCCUGUUCUCAGGCUUAAGGCUGUCUUAGCUUUGAGAAACAUGGUCUUCCUGGCAGAUGGGAUGAGCAAACAAAAUGUUCUUUUGGAGCUCACUGUAUCUACAUUGACAAGCCUAAUUUGUGAUCCUGAGUCUUUUGUUCAAGUGCAAGCCAUGGCCUUUGUUCGAAAUCUUAUGGAUGGAUGUGUGGAAUCUAUUGAUCUUGUGUUCGCAGAAGACAGUGUUAUCAUGAAUGCAGUGACUAGGCAAUUGUGGAAUUCUUCGAGAUCAGAAGUUUGUACUCAGGGAAUGUAUGUGCUAAGCAAUGUCGCCACUGGCAGUGAGUUCCACAAGGACGAAGUGAUGCGUCGCCUUCUUCCAUCUGCAGCAGAGGGAUGCAAUCCUUCUGUUUUGAUUAGGUUCUUGCAGGACAACAAUGAUGAGCUUCGUGUGGCAACUAUUUGGUGUAUUGUGAACCUCACUCACCCUUGGUGCCUUGGAGUGACUAAUCGGAUUGGAAAGCUACGGAGUGCUGGUGUGAUCUGUCAAGUUAAGAGUAUGGACAAUGACCCCUGCCUGGAUGUGAAGUUCCGGGUGAGAAUGGCUAUUGAACAAUGGAUGACUAUUUCAACCUGAAUAUUUCUUGGAGACUUGCUGACUCCAAGUUGAACUUCACUGCACGCAAAUCUCUCAUGCUAGUACAAGUGAUCAAAGUAGCGAAAGAAGAACUGGAGAUGAACUUGUAUGUUCUUCACAAACGAGAACGGGAAGCUUCAAUGGUGUUGCGUGACACCUUUUGUGAGCAUGGUUGGCACUUUUACAGCUUGCCGGCUAAAAGGCACAAAAAUAGUUUUGCUCUUGCCAUUUGGUGGUUCAGAGUUUGACCAUCGUUUUGUAUCAAUUACUUUUCUUUCAGUCGGCAUCUUCCCAAACCUUGAGUACGCCAACUCCAUAGAGGAUAACGGGUUGGUAUUGUCAUUAUGCUACUUGAAAAUUAAUAUUCGUCCUGUACAUAGUGGGAAUCAAGCCCCACGAUACAGAUUCACCUGUGACAAGGAAAUAGUUGUACUUAAACGAACUACUUUGGUAUCUUAUGUCCAGAAGGUUCUACA